AUGACGACGACUAGGACAAGGUCCAGCAAGGUCACUCGGAAGCACUCAGGGUGCAAGUCAUGCCGAAGAAGAGGCAAAAAGUGCGAUGAAACCAAACCUCACUGCCGCGCCUGUGUUCGGUUAUCGCUGGAGUGCAGUUACGGGGUGAGUUUGACUUUCCGACACACCGAUCAAGCAACCUUCCAGCGACAUACGCAGGCGAUUGUCGCGUCGUCUGCGGCGGCAGAUUCCGCCGCUGCUGACCUCACCGCAGCUGGACUCUCCCCUUCGCUAGAUCUUGGGGACGGCCUUGAGGUCCGUUACCUGAGCCACUUCCAGGAUCAUGUACGCCAUCUGCUACCGGCAUUGUCAAUGACGUCUGUGGAGGAUAUCUUCGACGCCCCCUACCUGCGUGCUGCCGCUCUCUGCAUCUCAGCCUCCAGCCUGUCCAUGCUCAACGCACCGGUCCAGAGUCGCCACCUCGUGAAUGAUCAUCAAAUCCCUGUGUUUAGCCCCCUGGUCAAUUCCCGCCAUCACCGCCAAGCACGCAAUUAUCAUGACCGCGCACUUCAACUCUGCCGCACCGCGACUGCAGGCGAAGUGGCACGCAAUGCAGCCUCGAUUCUGCGGGCCCUCGUUCUCCUCGCUUACUACCACCACGCCUCGACGAAUCAUCUCAGUUUCCGGCUAGCAGUCUGGGAUACCCUGCGAUUUGUCGCACAAUGCCGGGAACAGAUCAUGCGCUCCCCGGAUGGAGUUGGGGCCCUGCAGAUGUGGCAUCGGCUCUGUGUCUCCCAUCGACUGUCGAAGCCACCCUCGCUGCUCCUCGAGGGCGAAGGGAUCAGCUCGUUCGGCCCGAACUGCUUUCCAGACCCCACCGAUCAUCUGUAUCUCAGCUGUGUGUUGGGGAUGAGUCCAGAUGACCUCAUUUAUGAUAUCUUGAUCAAGUCUAUGGAGAUACGCUCGCGGCUGGUUGUGUUUCGCUCGGUAGCCGGCACGCACCGAAUCCAGGAGUCGUCGAGAGACAUCGGCCGUGUCGCGCAUAGAGUGCUGAACACGAUGCUAGGGAGAUGCUCGCCGCCGGACGAGUAUGUUGAAGCACAGGAGGGUUUUGUGCGAGGCUCCCACUUGCGGGGCUUGUUGAUGGUUCAGAAGGAACGGCUAGAGGUGUGGAGGUCGCGGGUGAAUGACAGGCGACCACGCUGCACUGCAGCUGUCGAUACAGCUACGGAAGAACUACCGGAGUGUCCCUUGACUUCCUAUGAACCGGUAUAUCCUAGCCAUCGUGAUGCGAUGAAUGCCGUAUACUGCAUUCUUUGCGAGAUGAUGUUCGAGGAAGCCCACGGGGCGUGCAUGUCUGAUAACCCGCCCAUCGACCUGAACUCAGCUACCUCCAACAAGCUUGAUGAUUUGGCGUACAGUGCAUGCAAGGUCAUUGGCAGGCUGGACCUUGGGGCAUUAAGCACGGCGGAUGUCUACACAUUCAGUCUGGCAGAGUGCCUUCUCCAACUGGUCUUCCUAUGGCGAUCCGAUACGCUGUUCGACUACAUUCUCGACAUUGUAUGGCCGGAGCUUGAACGAAAGACACGAGGCUUCGAGCACUCGCACUAUCCCACUCAUCUCGCCAAGCGCAUCAUCUCGCAUAUCUCGCGAUACUGGUCCCACGCACGGGCGGUAACGUUGGUUUUGCCGGCCGUGCCGGAAGACAUCCCAAAAUCGAAGCUGCUGGACAUCAACCAGCCAAUUGAUGUCGUGGUAUGCGGACACGACGCGGAUGGCACGACAUGGAUGGAGAAAACCCCGCUUUCAUGA